CCUUUCCUCGUUACUUACUACUCCUUCAACCUGCCAUUUUUUGACAGCCCAAAAAAAAAAUCCACCCCCACUGCUUGAAUUCAAUUCAUCCGUUGGGUAAUCGCACGGGGGAUGCAGAUAAAGGUGAAGUGCAGCUGCGGUCAAGGCAAUUGCCCGGAAUGGGCAAUUCUGGAACUCCAAGGCGUGGUUGAGGCCCAGCCCUCCUUUCAAGAUCGCCUCCGCAAUCUCCAUAUCGGCCUUCUCUGCCGACCCUCGUCUCAGGAAAGUUACACGUUUACAGUAGGGUACCACGAGUUGACGGGGACGAAGGUGCCCCUGAAGAAGCCUAUUUUGGUGUUGAAGAAAACUAGGGUCUCAGAUGAGGAUGUGGUUGAAGGAGAGGGAGAGGAAGAGAAGGAUAGUGGAGGGGAUAUUGCUUCUCCGUCAAAUUCAAGGGUACAAUUGGCUGUCAUUGGAAUUAUUCGCCACAAGAUAUUGUUCAAGACCAGACCAAAGGCGCUCAUCUCUGGACCUCAAACUGUUGCCAUGGGAAAAAUCAGUACGCCAAGUUCCCUUGCGCCAAAUUGUGGAUAUACCUUUGCCUGAAUUACCAUCGUAUCCUGCUUUGCGCUCGUGGAGAAGCGAGGGAAUUUGAUUUUCCUGUUGCCUUCUUGAGAAGCACUUGAAAAAAAAAAGAGUAGUUAGUGGCAAAAGUUCAGUUUCAAUCCUCUAGUGCUUGUGUAACUUCCUUCUUGAUCAUCACAGAAACUGUUCAUUCUCUUGUCAUAAACUGGUUUCUGUUUGGGAUGGUACAUUUUUUUUUUAUACCGUUUGAUAUAA